AUGGAAGAAACCUGUUUACUGCUCAUCCUGCUGCUCUCAGGAGGACUUUCCACUCUUCCUCCCCACUCCAGAGAAUACCACUUUGUGAACCAGCUGAAGACCUGGACUGAAGCUCAGAGCUACUGCAGAGAACACUUCACUGACUUGGUCACCAUCUACAACAGCAACAUCAACCAACUGCUUUUCUCAAUGUCACCAAGAAUCAAUGCUUUUGCUUGGAUAGGGCUCUAUGAUGAUCGUUACAGCUGGAAGUGGUCCAUGGAGGGAAAACUUUUUUAUGUUGGCAGCACACAUGAGUUUUUGAUCUGGGCUAACGGCCAACCAACCAGUGCAAAUGUAAAGGAAUACUGUGUGGCUCUUCAGGGACAAACACAGAUGGAUGAUAGACCCUGUGGAGCUUCUUACCCUUUCCUGUGUUACAAUGGUAGGAAAAAGAUUUGUUGCCCUAGUUGUCCUACUAAUUUAUGAGAUUCAUAGUCUGUGUGUUUCAAAAUUAAUCCUUUUUUUUUUAAAUUUCACAGCCAAAAAUACAAGUUACAUCUUAGUGAAUGGAGAGCCGCUCCUG